AUGGCAAGCCAUAUGUAUGAUCUGAUCAAAAACAACAAAUCCAAAUCGGCAGGGCCGGAAGGGUCGGCAGAGUCAGCUUGGGACCCAACAACGAUGCAUGUGCGCUGCUUUUGCCACAAGCUAGCCCUGAUAGUGAACGCGGGACUUAAGGCGCUAUCACUCAAGACUCUUCCUCCUGGGAAGUCCAAGGAAUCAAUCUUGGUUUUUUUCCCAGUCCUCAGCCCCGUCACUGAAGAAUUAGAACCCAAAGAAUCAGGUCAUUUGGUUGAAUCUCAAUCAAAAGACAAUCCAAAUGCUCCCUCUCAUCUGAAUGAAGAUACACUCGAUUUCGAGAGCGACUACGGUAAUGAAGGCAAAGACAUUUCUGAUGAGGAAGAGUCAGUUUCCUCCGAUGCCAAAGAUCAGAUGAGUGCAAAAGGACCGACUAGCGCAACAGCACAGAAGAAGCACAUCAAGUCAACAAGACUUCUGGAGCUAACCAAAAAACUUGACGUCGUCAUCAAACAACUUACACACUCGGCUGCUGAGCAUUCAAAUUUCAAACGUACUGCCGACCAGUUGAAGCUCAAAGUCUCUCCUUUGAUUGCGGGUUAUGGUAUUUGA